AUGUACAGGCUAUCCGACUUCACCUGCAUCACCUUCGGCGCGCUCUGCAUCGCAUCAGCACUGCCUUUCGUCGGCAUCCCCGUCCCGACGCGAUCAUGGGCGAUCUACUACGCUGACAAGAACCGCUGGCUAUCAAAACUCUCCGGCGAACGACUGACGCCCAAGCAAGCCGGGUACGCGAGCGCCCUUCUACGCCUCGCAGUAGGCUCCUGCUGCAUUUAUCCUCCGACCCGGAUCCCGGCGCUACUGGUCAACGGUGCGGUCGUGUGUCGCGGGACCGUGGUGGCAUACCGUGAUGGGAGACCCAUGAGGCCUCAGUGGACUAUGUUGGGUGCUGUUGGCUUGUGUUUACUUACUGAGAUACUAUGA